GAGUUGCAGUACAUCCUCAGAUCCUCCUCCGUCCUCCCCUCGCGUAAGCUCGUCGUCUUCUCCGGCUGGAACCUCCGGCCAAAACCCAAACAAAACCGCUGUUCGGAGGGGCUUGCCUUGAGUGAGAUUCAAUCCUUCGGGGCGCCAUUGCCGCCUGCUUCCUCUGCUACGAGAGCGACUCAGGCCGCAAAUCGUGCAGGGAAAGCGGCACAGCGGCGCGCGGCUGUGCGGCGCUGCUGGCGACCUUGGGGGAAGUCCGUACCGCGUACCGGCCCCUGCCUCCGGUGGCCGUCCUCCGGCCUCCGCAGAAGCAUCCGCCGCUCUCGCAGCGCCGACCGCCGGCGGCCUCGAGUCGGGAGCGCUGUCGGCAACAGUAAACCCGACCAAUAUUUUUUGCAAAUCGCCCCCUCAUUUGGAUCGCAACUAUUAAUCGCGAUCCAAAUAUUUUCAUAAAACCCCCUAUUUUGGAUCGCGAUUAUUAAUCAAGAUCCAACUAUUUGCUCAAAACCCCCUAAUUUGGAUCGCGACUAUUAAUCGUGAUCUAAUUUUUUGCGAAUCAGUCCCUCAGGAGUUUGCCGGCGAGCCGCGGCCCUUGACGCAUGCGGAGCGUGCGUUCACACCUCCCUCUCCUCGUAGCCGUCCUGGUGCUCCUCCUCCCAGUGUCCCUCCUCUUCCCGCUGCUUCUCCACGUGAGAUUCGCGUGAAUUCGCCGUCUUCCCCGAUCGCAAUCUCGCAACAAAACCAUCGAAUCGAGCUGCUGGUUUGAGGGAGGGCCUCCUUUGAGUGAGAUCCAAUCCUCAGGCGCCAUUUUCUUACUGCGUUCCCCACAAAAAAAGUUGGGUUCUUCCCAUGACCGUCGAUACUCUUAUCGCCCCGCUCGCUCCAUCACUGGUUGCUCCUGCUCCCGCGGCAUCACGUUCUCGCCAAUACGAAACCUCGCGGCGGCGUUUCGUUGUUAAAACAAAACUAGCCAUGGAUGUCAAGAGUUUUGACCUGGGUUGUUCCUUGGGUAUGGAGAAUGACAGUCUAAGUUUGUCGCCAUUUCUGAACAAACUUUUCAGAGAGUGGGAGGAUCGCAAGGCAAGGGGAUUGUUUCACCAUGACAUCAGCUCGUGUGAAACUAAGGUACUACCUGGACAACACAACUUUGUGGCAACAUUAAUAGAAGGACGUGAUCAAAAGAAACGACCUACUGAGUUCGGAAUGAACCAAGUCCUCCAGCCAUUUGAUAGUGGGAAGUUCAAUUUCACAAAAGUUAGGCCAGAGGAAGUGAUCUUCAGAUUCUGUGAAGCUGAUAAAGACUCUGCCCAGUAUUUUAAUGAUGCUCCUGAUACUGUUUCAUCUUCAUCUAGUGCCAUUUUGAUUAAUGUGAGUCCAAUUGGUUACUGCCAUGUUCUUUUGACCCCCCAAAUCCAGGAUUGUUUGCCGCAAAGGAUUGAUCACGAGAGCUUCUUAAUGGCCAUGUAUGUUGCUAGGGAGGCAAGGAAUCCCUUCUUCAGAGUUGGUUAUAACAGUUUGGGUGGCUUUGCAACUAUCAACCACCUUCACUUCCAGGCAUACUACCUGAAAGUACAGUAUCCAGUUGAAAAGGCAACCACAGAGAAGCUCACAACCCUAGUCAAUGGUGUGAGCAUUGCCCAGCUGGUGGGUUAUCCAGUAAGUGGUUUUGUGUUCGAAGGUGGGGCGAGCCUUGAGGAUUUGUCAUGUAUGGUUUCGAAAGUCUGCAUCUUCUUGCAAGAGAACAACAGACCUUUCAAUGUCCUUAUCUCUGAAUCCGGCAGGAGAGUUUUCCUCCUACCACAGUGCUACGCGGAGAAGCAGCUCCUCGGAAAGGCAAGCCAAGAGUUCCUCGAAAUGAGAAUCAAUCCCGCAAUCUGGGAGCUCAGUGGCCAUUUGGUACUGAAGAGGAAGAAGGACUACGAUGAAGCCUCUGAGCUAUACAUAUGCAGAUUUUUGGUUGAAGCAGCUGUUUCUGAAACAGAAUUCCAACAGCUGAAGCAAUGUGUGCUUGACUUCCUGACUGCCUCUGCUGCUUGUAAUUCGGAUAUAGAUUCCUAGAGAGUGGUGACUAAUGAUUUUGGGUACUGUAUUCAUAACUGUUACGAUGGUAUAUCAUACAUUUGUGACGACUGUUCAUCUCUGCAAUGAGAAACACCUGUCUUCUCCA